GAGACUAGAGUGGCAUUAUUAAAUGAGACUUUCCUUAAUGCCAGUGAAACAAAACCUUAAAAAAGCUGCAAGUUGUGCAACAGAGAGGGUCAAGAAGAACAGCAUAAUUUCAAAGACUGUCUGGAUUGGAGUAUUGGAUGCUUAUGUCAGGGGACCGGAGAAACAGCUUGUUUUGAGAAUCAAGUUUCGAUCUUUCUGCUGAAUUGUAUGAGAAAUUGAGGUUAAAGUAGAUUGUAAGACAUUAGUGAGUGAACAUUACUUUUUUAGAAAUAGUUAUUUGUGUCUCUUCUGAGAGUAGAAAAUGUAUUGCAAUUUUUUGGAAAAUGGGUCUGAGUAUGCAAAACAGGCUGUUAAGGAGGAUGAUGCUGGAAACUAUGAUAAAGCUUUCCAGCUUUACAUGAAUGCAUUAGAGUACUUCAAAAUCCAUUUGAAGUAUGAAAAGAACCCGCAAAUUCAGCAGACAAUUCGGCAAAGGUGUUCGGGAUAUUUGACAAGGGCGGAGGAGAUUCGCGCCAUUCUUGAUAAUGGGGGAAGUGCGCCCACCUCAAAUGGCGGUCCUGCGCUUGCUGCUGAGGCGAAGGUGAAGCCAAAGGUGAAUACGAAUCCGAAGAGUGGAGAAGGUAAAGAUGAAGAGGAUCCGGAGCGAGCAAAGCUUAGGGCAGGACUUGACUCUGUUAUUAUUAGGGAGAAGCCAAAUGUGAAGUGGAGUGAUGUGGCCGGGCUUGAGAGUGCCAAACGGGCAUUGCGGGAAGCUGUCGUUUUGCCUGUUAAGUUCCCGCAGUUCUUUACUGGGAAGAGAAAACCAUGGAGAGCCUUUUUGUUAUAUGGUCCACCUGGAACAGGGAAGUCAUACCUAGCAAAGGCUGUUGCAACAGAAGCAGACUCAACUUUCUUCAGUAUUUCUUCUUCUGACCUUGUUUCCAAAUGGAUGGGUGAAAGUGAAAAGCUAGUUUCAAAUCUUUUCCGCAUGGCUCGUGAUACUGCACCUUCUAUCAUUUUCAUUGAUGAAAUUGAUUCAUUGUGCGGUCAAAGGGGUGAAGGGAAUGAGAGUGAAGCAUCCAGACGCAUCAAAACUGAACUUCUUGUGCAGAUGCAGGGUAUGGGGAAUGAUGAUGAGAAAGUUCUUGUUCUUGCUGCCACAAAUACUCCAUAUGCUCUGGAUCAGGCCAUUAGGCGGCGUUUUGACAAGAGAAUAUACAUACCUCUCCCAGAUCUGAAGGCUAGGCAGCACAUGUUUAAGGUGCAUCUCGGAGAUACUCCGCACAACUUAACUGAAAGUGAUUUUGAGCACUUGGCUCGGAAAACAGAAGGUUUCUCAGGUUCAGACAUUUCUGUCUGUGUCAAAGAUGUUCUUUUUCAACCUGUUCGUAAAGUCCAGGAUGCUAAAUACUUCAUGAAAACCUCUGAUGGCAUGUGGUACCCUUGUGAUCGAACUCAAAAAGGAGCUGUUAAAAUCACAUUGGAGGAACUUGAUGCAAAAGGCCUUGCCUCAAAGAUUCUUCCACUUGCCAUAACAAGAGCAGAUUUCGACAAAGUGCUCUCGAAGCAUAAGCCAACAGUAAGUAAAGCAGAUCUUGAGGUGCAUGAAAGAUUCACAAAGGAGUUUGGUGAGGAGGGCUGAUGAAUUUUAUCAGAAGACUAAGCCUUGAUAAAUCAUACGGAUAAUUGCUAUAAGCACAUGUAAAUUUUUCAAAGUUUCAAUUGGAUAACAGCAAUACUGACAAUGUAUAUAACAAUAUAGAAUAAAAAUCAUUACUAGCCAUCCUUUAUUUUGUAUAAACAUUAUUUUCACUUGUUAA